UUCUCAAGGCGCGCGCGCGCGCGCGCGAGUGCCGCCGCGCUCAUGCGCACGAGCCGAUCAGCCCGCGCGGGCGGAAGUGCGGAGCCGCUGCGCGAAGUGAGGGUUGCCGCGCUCGUUGUGGGUGGGCGGGCGGCCGACAUGGCGCCCUCCGGGAGUCUCAGGAUCCCCGUGGCAGUGCUGCUGCUGUUGCUUUGGGGGGCUCCCUGGACCCACGGGCGGCGGAGCGACGUGCGGAUCAUCACGGACGAGAACUGGAGAGAGUUGCUGGAAGGAGAGUGGAUGAUAGAAUUUUAUGCUCCAUGGUGUCCUGCUUGUCAGAAUCUUCAACCAGAAUGGGAAAGUUUUGCCGAAUGGGGAGAAGAUCUUGAGGUUAAUGUUGCAAAAGUAGAUGUCACAGAGCAGCCAGGACUAAGCGGACGAUUUAUCAUAAGCGCUCUUCCUACUGUUUAUCAUUGUAAAAAUGGUGAAUUUAGGCGCUAUCAGGGCCCAAGGACUAAGAAGGACUUCAUAAACUUUAUAAGUGAAAAAGAGUGGAAGAGUAUUGAACCUGUUUCAUCAUGGGUUGGUCCAGGUUCUGUUUUGAUGAGCAGUAUGUCAGCACUCUUUCAGCUGUCUAUGUGGAUCAGGACUUACCAUAACUAUUUUAUUGAAGACCUUGGAUUGCCGGUUUGGGGAUCAUAUACAGUGUUUGGUUUAGCAACUCUGCUUUCGGGACUAUUAUUAGGACUUUGCAUGAUAUUUGUGGCAGAUUGCCUUUGUCCUUCAAAAAGGCGCAGACCACAGCCAUACCCUUCCAAAAAAUUAUUACUAGAAUCUUCUCAACCUCUGAAAAAAGUGGAGGAAGAACAAGAGGCUGAUGAAGAAGAUGUUUCAGAAGAGGAACCUGAAAGCAAAGAAGGAAUAAACACAGACUUUGCACAGAAUGCCAUAAGACAACGUUCUGUGUCUCCUUCAUUGGCCACAGAUAAAUCUAGUUAAUUUGUACAAGUAUAUUCAUAUGAUUUUGACAAAAACAGAAAAUUGAUCAUUUCUUUCGGUUUGAAGUGAACUGUGACUUGCUUGUACAUUGCAGGUUUCAGUCUAGAUUGUCAUUAGGUUGAACAGUCUACCUUCAGAAAAUAAA